UUUGAAUUCCGAUUUUCUAGAUUUCGAACAGCCUGUUGAACCGCAGAUCGCUGCUCGUUGCAAAGAAUUUCGGCGUCCGCUUGAAUUCCGCAUGCACCGCCGCAUCGACGGCCAGCGCAGUGUCUUAACUGAUCCUAACCUUUUGGACCAGAUGGAGGCGACCGAACUAGCUGCUCUAGAGGACAAGGAAUUCCAAAAGUACGAAACCAGGUUGGAAAUGUUGAUGCUGCAGGAUUUGACUCCCAGUCUGUUCGAUGGGUUGUGGAUUUUGCGUGCGGAGAUUCAGAACGGAGAAAGAGUGCAAAUGCGCGUAAAUAUCGCUCAUGGCGAGUGGGAGAUGCCUUGCAACAUGGAACUAUUGGCUAUUGCGAAUGAGAAAGCGGCAAAUCAAGGAACACCAACCAAAAAAGGAGGCUCCUCUCCUCUGCAGUUGUCACCCU